AUGAGUAAAGGAAAUGCUCUGCAUGUGUUCUUUGGAAUAUUUGGAAAUGCUACUGGGUUGUUUCUGUUCUUGUCCCCAACGGUCACUUUCAAGAGGAUCGUGGCGAAAAGAUCAACUGAACAAUUCUCGGGCAUUCCAUAUGUCAUGACACUGCUCAAUUGCUUGCUCUCGGCUUGGUAUGGUUUGCCCUUCAUAUCAAAGAACAACUACUUAGUGACUGUGAUCAACGGCACCGGGGCCGCCAUUGAAGCUGCUUAUGUGCUCAUUUUUCUAAUUUUUGCACCCAAAAAGGAGAAAGCCAAGAUAUUUGGGUUUCUAAUUUGCAUUCUUGCUAUAUUUUCAACUAUAGCCUUACUCUCAAUUUUGGGCUUUCACAACAAGUCACAAAAGCAACAACUUUGUGGCUAUGCAGCCACAAUUUUCUCCAUCAUAAUGUAUGCUUCUCCUUUAUCCAUCAUGAGGAUGGUGAUUAAAACGAAGAGCGUUGAGUAUAUGCCGUUUCUCUUGUCACUCUUUGUAUUCUUGUGUGGUACUUCUUGGUUUAUAUAUGGUCUCAUUGGGAAAGACAAAUUUCUCUAUAUUCCUAAUGGAUUUGGGAGUUUAUUAGGCACAAUGCAGCUAAUUCUAUAUGCAAUUUACCGCAAUAACAAAGGAACCACUGUUGAUCAAACCCAGAAGCCUUCCUUUGAUGAAACCCUAGAAAUGGGUCAUCCCAAGCAUCAUCAGCAAAAUGAAUUUUCAUGAUGACCAAUUUUAAUUAAUUAAAUAAAUCUCUUUUUCUUAAUUAGUCUCUAUUUUUUUUUAUUUUGGUCUUUUUGUGACUAAUGAGCUGGACUUGUUGCUAUUAGUAUUAACGAAUAUGGUGUGUGAUUCGGUAAUUUAAUGUUUCAUAGUUAUAAAUGUGUCAUCG